GGAAGAGGGGAAGCAGACACUCAAGGCUGGCCAAAAUACUGUCCACUGCAGUAGAUAGAUUAGAUGUGACUGUUAUGCUGCAGAGUAUUUGGUGUGAAACGUUAGGGUGUUAUUUUGGAGAUGCUGCCAUAAAUUAGGAAUACAUACUAGUUUUCACUGUAAGUAUCUGGAAAUAAGCAUAUAUUAUCAUCAUGGGCCAGCUGUUUUCAUCUGAAGAAGAGCUGUCUGAAGUGAAGAGUGCGAUUGGUUACCUCCUCUACAAUGCCAUGCUGGAAGAUGGUGCAGUGCCUAACCUCGGAGUCGUCCAUCCUCGCUUCCUCGCCAGUCACGAUGAGAACUCUGACUCCAGGACAGGACUCCAACAACAACUGCAACAGCUGCAGGCCGACAUUGGAAAUAGGGCACCCACCUACCUGAGGGAUCUGAUUGGCCGCUUGUCAACGUUCUCAGAUGAGCCACGUCUGGCUGGCCUUCUUGGAUUAGUGGUGACUAUGGUGAUGGAUAUGGCUUACACAUCAUCAAAAUCAUCAUCAGGGGGGAGAGGGAAGUCAGCAGGAUCGUCAUCAGGCCAGCAGAGAGUCUGGGAGCUCCAGGAGUUGAUGGAGGAGUAUCUGAAGCGUGUUAAAAUCAACCUGAGUGAUAAAGAUAAACUGAUCCAGGACUCCUUCAGACUUGAGGGCCAGCUCAGCCUCACCCUCACCCAGCUGAAGACCUGCCUACUGGGGGGACACUGUAACUCCAGGUCUUUGAGGCACUGGGCCAGCGGGGCAGCAUUUCACGCCCAAAUGUUGGUUCACCUGGCUGGUCUUGAGGGCAAGGCCGAACCUCUAGCAGCAAGGGCUGCACUGGAGCAAUACAAGGACGACCUUACACAGAUAAUACCUGUUUACAGGCGUUAUAAGUCUAACACAGUGUGUGUUGUGAAACGUCGAGGGGGUCCUCCAGCAUCAUGUGACCCCUCCAGUGAAGUACAAGAGGGAUCCAUGACGGGGCUCACUGUGACAGACAGAGAGAUAGGGAAGAGCGUGAACAUCCCCCUAUCUGCCAUGGAGGAAGAGACAGGGAGAAAAAAGAGCACCUCUGCAGCUGGGUACUCCUCCAUUAACCUGGACCUGAUCACAUCAGAUCAGUACACUCAGGCAUACCUGGACCAUCUGUUCUCUGAAAAGGGACCUGUGGCAGAGCUGGAGAACUACUUUACCAGAGCUUGUGAAAAUCUGAGAACACUCAGAACUGAAUCAGGAUGUACAAAGAAGACCGGGGUAAAAAAUGUAAUAGAACAAAAUGAUGGAGCACAUCUUAAAGACCAGGCAGAAGGUAUAAAUGGAGAACAAAUUACAGAAAGGGGAAAAGAUGAAAAUCAGAGCCAGGCAGAAAGAGGAGGACGGGAAGAGACCGAAGAAUGUAAUCAAAGAGAUGAGAGACUACAGCUGAGUAUUGUAGAGACACAGCCGGAGGAAAGCCUCAAUCAGAGUCUUCACAGUACAACAAGUACAUUAAAAAAAUGAAUGAAAAGCUGUAUUAUACAGCGCCGGUCCUUUAUUGAAGAGAAACAUUAAGCUAAACUCGGAAAUAUGAAGGAUUUUUGCAAUACUUGAAACAGAUUGAUACAUUGAGGUUGAAUAAUAUCCUUAUAGUGAAAUCAACCUCGGUUAAAUAUGAAAGCUACACUUGUUAGCCUCUCUGAUUAGCCUAAUCCUUUUAAUAUAUUAAUUAAUAUAUAUUAAGUUAUGAGUGCAGUAUUUGGUUGCACACUAAGAUAAAUACUUGACCACCUUAAAUCCGCAGCACUGCAUUGGCAGCAGGAAAUCUCUGUUUAAUCUAUUUCACCAACAGAGUAGUAGCCUAGCAUAAAACCAGUGUGCUCUGGAAGUUUGGUGAUUAAAUGAGCUAAGUGAUUAAACACCCAAGUAUUUGACCUGCUGUUAGCAUGUUAGCACAUUACUGCUUUGUGAUAUAUAUGGACGCAGAAACUUUUGAACCCAUUGCAUUUAGAGACAAAUUAUAUGAAGAUUACAGACUAUGAUAGAGACAAUCAUGUAAAACGUUUUUAAACAUUUUUACCAGAAAAUCCUUUUGGGAGCUCAAAGCAAGUGUUUGUAACAUUUGAAGAAGAGAUAAGGGUUGCUGCAGCCAUACCCGGUCUGGUACGAUCAUUUCAUGGCAGCUUAUGUUAGCCAAUAUUAGUAAAAUUAAGUUAGUUAUUGCUGUGUCACUCAUACUCUUUGCAGAUUUUGACUCUUCCCUACUUGAACUCUUGUUGGUACACAUGAUAUUUUAGCAUCAAUUGUCAUCACCAUAUCGCCACUUUCAUUCAUAAGACAUGUCACAUAGGCUCACUUUAAGUCCACAUUUGGGCAAGGCUGACAGCACAUUUGACUAUGCAAAUUAUAAGUUCUACAACAGGGUGGCCACAGAUGCUGCAAAUAAUAUUUGAAUGGGUAGUGAUUACAAUGUAAUAUAGAUAUUUAUACAAUUUUGAUCCUUCUUAAGUGUCAGUGUAAUUGCACAC